GAUUUUAGGGGAAGGACCAAAACAAACCACUUGUUGGGUGAAAUGUUUUGCUAAAAGUGUCGCUGGUGUUUCUAUAUUUUCUCUCUGUCGCUAAAAGUAUCCCUCGUGUUUUUAUGUUUUCCAUAUGCUAAGUUCUACAGUCUGGGGACGAUGGUUUAAGAAUUUAUGCCUUGUAUGCGGUGUGCAGUGGGUGAUGGAAGAACGUCUACAUGGCUUUAAAAUUGAAUUUAAAAGGCAAAUAUUUUAAAUGAAGGAAAACCCAAGAAGUUUACUUGAUUCCUUAUCUUCCAGGAUGCGGCUUUUAUUUAUUUAUUUAUUUAUUUUAUUUUGAUGGAGUCUCGCUGCCAUCGCGCAGGCUGGAGUGCAGUGACGCGAUCUUGACCCGGGAACCUCCACCUCCCGGGUUCAAGCGAUUCUCCUUCCUCAACCACCCGAGUAGCUGGGAUUACAGGCGUGUGCCACCAUGCCCGGCUAAUUUUUGUGUUUUUAGUAGAGACCGGGGAAGGUAUCGGCCCUCUUUUGAGAAAAAUGCAGAGUGACACUGAAUUUUGUAACUACAUCAGGAGGCUCUUGAACCUUCUGCAGCUCACUCGUGGAGUUUGUAGAGAUGCGUAAUAAUCCGAAGUGUUAAGGAAGGAGGUUCUGUUGAGAAACAUGUUGGAGGGCUGAAAGGGAUGCCUUUCGCUAUUUCGACAUGUGUGGCUGUACUCCAGAGUGCCCUGGCUAACACGCAAAACGAUGAAUUAGGCGGCUUGGCGAGGCUCAGCAGAGGCUGGGGUCGAGAGUCAUGUUGAAGUUUGUGAGGUUAACCUGCACCCAGUGUCAGUCAUGGCGAAGUUUGUGAGGUUAACUCGCACCCAGUAACGCUGUUGCAAUGCAAGGUGUGUAUUUGGUGUCAUCCAUGGGAAGAGGAAAGAGCAAAUUUUCUCAUGGCCUUGGCAGUUCCACAUGAUGGACAUUUAAUAUCUGCAGUUUUCUUCGCAUAAGACGGCUUUUUUGCACAAAAACACUGGAAUCCAGUGAGCAAGAAUGAUACAAUGUAAGAUGGAUUUCCACAUGAGGAAGUGUCACGAACGAGGGUUUUGCAUCUCUGUCAGCUGGAUUCCCCCACGUGUAUGUAUGUGAGAACAUGCCGUGUUUCCUGUCUGUAAUGGUAGAGGCAGCCCUGAUAUUGGAUUUUCACCUGAGGAUGGAUAGAUCUUCAGGGUUCAAGUGGGUUUGCAUCUGGACUUUAGGGUGGCCCUGUAGGCCCUGUGUGAGAAGCCCCCUUCCCAGUGAACUUUCCUGUGUGUGUCCGCGUGGACAGCCAACAGGGGGAGCAGUGCGAGCGUGAAGGCAGACAGUGGCCUGGCCCAGUCUGAUGCUAAGUGGGCCAGAGGCAGUGAGUACCAUUUCUUGAUCUGACUACUCAAGACAGGCGCUUCCCUAGGUACUUUCACACCUCCUUGCGAGGUAGGUGUUGUUCCCAUUUUACGGGUGCAGAAGCUGAGCUGCAGAGGCGUUAAGUACCUGCCUCAUAAGUGGUAGAGACUCCAGUGUCACCCUGCCCCUCACGUUCGGAGCCCCCGAGGGAGGGUCUGCCGGGCAGCUCAACCCAGCACUCUGUAAGGAAAUCUUCAGUGCCGCUGCCCAGGAUGUCUUCCCGGGGAUUGGGCCUGAAUGUCUUGAGCAUGCCGUGCUGGAGGCAGGAGGGAUGUCUUCCUAUGGAAGAACUGUACAUAUUUCUCUGGCAGAUGGCUGAACUCUGUGACCCCGGGGCCUGUUUCAGCCUCCUCCUGUCAGAAAGCAGCUGUUUGGAAAGAGGCUGUGAUUUGGCCUUGUUUGAGGGGCGAUACUCUGAAUGGGUGAGGCUUGAAAUCCUCCCUUUGGAACAAAGAAGCAUGUAAUGAUUUUGCUGAAGGUAGAAUUGGGGGACUAGGCAGAGUGGCCUCCUGCCCUCCCUAGGGUGGUUCUGUGUUUUGCAAAGGUGGCUGCAUCCUUAGGGGAAGGUGAGGGGAGAAGCAGGGAGCAUGGAGAGAAGUGGCUUUCGAUUUUUUCCCUCCUUUUGGGGAGUUCCUCCUUAUGUGGCUGGUCUGGUGCAUAGUGUGGUGUAUUCCUGUCCGCAACGUUGCCCUGACAGCCAGUCCAAGCUGAGUCUAGAGCUGGCAAGGUGAGCUCCCAGUAGUAAGAGGGUGUGGGCAGCAAGCCACCCAGGCACCGAGGCAAGAGACAGAGGACACAAGCUGUUCCAGUAUAAUAAAAUAUAAAACAAGAAUAGUUAUACCAGAUAUAGAUCUUAGAUAUGAUUAUAUAUGAAUAUCAUUAAUCAUGAGUUUGCAGCAAUUACUUUUUAUUCCAAUAUUAUGAUAAUCCUUGCUCUGUAAUCAUAGCCUAGGAAAAACCAGGCCAUACAGAGGAGCUGAGGGGACAUAGAGAGGUGUGACCAGAAGACAAGAGUGCGAGGCUUCUGUUAUGCCCGGACAGGGCCACCAGAGGGCUCCUUGGUCUAGCGGUGAUGCCAGCGUCUGGGAAGACGUCCGUUACCAGGCGGAUCGUGGCCCAGUGGUAGCAAAAGGUGUCAAGGAACAACACCCACUACUUAGCAGACAGGCAAGUGGGGCGGGGGGGGGUCUCCCUUUCCCCGGGGGAGUUUACAGAAGACUCUGCUCCUCCACCUCUUGUAGAGGGCCUGACAUCAGUCAGGCUCGCCCGCAGUUAUCCGGAGGCCUAACUGUCUCCCUGUGAUGCUGUGCUUCAGUGGUCAGGCUCCUAGUCCGCCUUCAUGUUCCAUCCUGUACACCUGGCUCUGCCUUCUAGAUAGCAGUAGUAAAUUAGUGAAAAUACUAAUAGUCCCCAGAAAUAAGGGUAUAAGCUGUCUUUCUCUCUGUCUCCUCUCCCUCUCUGCCUCGGCUGCCAGGCAGGGAAGGGCCCCCUGUCCAGUGGACACGUGACCCACGUGACCUUACCUAUCAUUGGAGGUGACACACAUUCUUUACCCUGCCCCUUCUGCCUUGUAUCCAAUAAAUAACAGCGCAGUCAGACAUUUGGGGCCACUACCGGUCUCCGCGCAUUGGUGGUAGUGGUCCCCUGGGCCCAGCUGCCUUUUCUCUUAUCUCUUUGUCUUGUGUCUUUAUUUCUACACUCUCUCAUCGCCACACACAGGGAGAGACCCACUGAUCCUGUGGGGCUGGUCCCUACAUCUGGCGCUCUGACGUGGGGCUCUCCCUCACUGUGUGAAGUUGCACCCUGAGUGCGGGAUCAGCGGAGGAGUUCAACGAGAGAUUCCUGAGGAUUGCAGUCAAUAAACUUGGUGGAAAAGGACUACAGCCUGUGUGGGUCCCCUCCCGACAAUUAAAAUUGCACCAUAACUCCAAAGAUGAAACGCUCCCAGAAAGAAAAGGCAAAGACCCAUCGGAAACAAAAGAGCAACUUUGACCGCCUGACACAUACCCUUCGUGACAUCCACAUUGAGACAAAAUCUUGCCGUGUGACCUACAACACCUCUCGUUCAACCCCACCUACUUGGGGUCGAAUAAAGAUUUUAUCUCAUCAAACAGAAAAAUUCUUCACAGAAAAAGGAAUCCCAAAAACGACCGGUAAUAUAAUUCUGGCUGCCUUUAUGGUAGUCAGUGCAGCGGUAAGUAUACCACCGGUCGGGACAACUCAAAAUUAUACUUAUUGGGCAUAUGUUCCUUUUCCCCCUCUAAUUCGGUCUGUCUCCUGGAUGGACUCUCCAGUAGAAGUUUACACUAAUAAUAGUGCAUUCAUGCCGAUCCCUAAGGAUGAUCGGUUUCCAGCUCAACCGGAAGAAGAAGGUAUGCACUUUAAUCUGUCAAUUGGCUAUCAAUAUCCACCAUUAUGUAUUGGGAAGUCACCUGGUUGUUUAGCUUAUUCUUAACAGAAUUGGAUGUGGACUGUACCGUCCUUUACAAAUGAUUCUUAUCAAGUACAUAUUGUGUUCAGUACUAAUUCUUUUCAAAUUCUCACUGUCAAACGUACCCCACAUGAGGCAUGGAGAAUUCCUCUCACUACCAAAACUAAUAAAACAAAAGGACUGCCGGACUGUCCAAAGAAACCUACAAAUGGGCCUUUUAUAGUGACUUCAAUUUUAUGGGAUAAUUGUAAUGCUCCCAAGGCUGUUGUACUCCAAACUGUAGCCAUGGGUAUUGUUAUUGAUUGGGCUCCAAAAGGACAUUACUGGCAAGAUUGCUCCGGCAAAAAUACCUUAUGCUCGGAAUUUAUUUAUUCCUUAGAUUAUAUAGAGCAUGGGUGGCAGUCUUACACGAUGAGACAAUGGGUGUCUCCUUACCCAUUUAAAUGGAUGGACACAGUUAUUGCUCCUCCUAGACCAAAAAUUAUUCAUCCCUUUUUUACCCCAGAACAUCUUGAACUAUGGAAAUUAGCUGCAGCUUUGUCAGGAAUAAAGAUAUGGAACACUACCUAUCAGCUCCUUCGUACUAAAACCAAAACACCCACAUUCAACAUCACCCUUAUUUCUGAAUGGGUGAUACCCAUUAGGAGCUGUGUCAAACCCCCUUACAUGCUGUUGGUUGGAAAUAUAAUUAUUAUGUCUGAUGCACAAACUAUAGAAUGUCAUAACUGUAAGCUGUUCACUUGCAUUGAUGCAACUUUUAAUCCCACUACAAGUAUUCUCUUGGUAAGGGCUAGGGAGGGGGUAUGGAUACCAGUUUCUCUACAUCGUCCAUGGGAGUCUGCCCCCUCUAUUCACAUAGUCAAUGAAGUUCUUAAAGACAUCCUCAAAAGAACAAAGAGAUUUAUUUUUACUCUUAUUGCAGUCCUUGCAGGACUACUUGUGGUUACUGCAACAGCAGCAACUGCUGGAGUUGCCAUCCACAAUUCUGUUCAAACUGCUCACUACGUUGAAACAUGUCAGAAAAACUCCUCCAGACUUUGGAAUUCUCAGGCGCAAAUUGAUCAAAAAUUAGCUAAUCAGAUUAAUGAUCUCCGCCAAAGUGUAACCUGGCUGGGAGAUAGAGUUAUGAACUUGCAACACCGUAUGCAAUUACAGUGUGAUUGGAAUACUUCUGAUUAUUGCAUAAUGCCUUAUGCUUAUAAUCAAGAUCAACAUAGCUGGGAAAAGGUCUCAAGACAUUUAAAAGCCUGGGAUGAUAACUUAACCUUGGCUAUUUCACAACUUAAAGAGCAAAUCUUUGAGGCUUCACAAGCCCAUUUAUCCACUGUUCCUGGCUGAGACAUUUUUGAAGGCAUAACUAAACAAUUUUCUGAUUUUAAUCCCUUCAAAUGGCUCAAACCCGUCAGAGGAUCAUUGUUGUUACUGGCAUUAUUAAUAUUGGUAUGCUUAUGUUGUCUCCUUUUAGUCUGCAGAUGCCUCCAAGGAGUCCGAAACCAAGUCCGAAGUCAACAACAAGCAAUGAUGGUGAUGGAGAUUCUAGUUAAUAAAAAGGGAGGAGAUGUGGGUGGCAAGCCACCCAGGCACCGAGGCAAGAGACAGAGGACACGAGCUGUUCCAGUAUAAUAAAAUAUAAAACAAGAAUAGUUAUACCAGAUAUAGAUCUUAGAUAUGAUUAUAUACAAAUAUCAUUAAUCAUGAGUUUGUAGCAAGUACUUUUUAUUCCAAAAUUAUGAUAAUCCUCACUCUAUAAUCAUAGCCUAGGAAAAACCAGGCCAUACAGAGAUAGGAGCUGAGGGGACAUAGUGAGGUGUGACAAGAAGACAAGAGUGCGAGCCUUCUGUUAUGCCCAGAUAGGGCCACCAGAGGGCUCCUUGGUCUAGCGGUGAUGCCAGCAUCUGGGAAGACGUCCGUUACCAGGCGGAUCCUGGUCCAGCGGUAGCAAAAGGUGUCAAGGAACAACACCCACUACUUAGCAGACAGGGAAGUGGGGGGGGGGUCUCCCUUUCCCCGGGGGAGUUUACAGAAGAUUCUGCUCCUCCACCUCUUGUAGAGGGCCUGACAUUGUCAGGCUUGCCCGCAGUUAUCCAGGGGCCUAACCGUCUCCCUGUGAUGCUGUGCUUCAGUGGUCAGGCUCCUAGUCCGCCUUCAUGUUCCAUCCUGUACACCUGGCUCUGCCUUCUAGAUAGCAGUAGUAAAUUAGUGAAAAUACUAAUAGUCCCCAGAAAUAAGGGUAUAAGCUGUCUUUCUCUCUGUCUCCUCUCCCUCUCUGCCUCGGCUGCCAGGCAGGGAAGGGCCCCCUGUCCAGUGGAAACGUGACCCACGUGACCUUACCUAUCAUUGGAGGUGACUCACAUUCUUUACCCUGCCCCUUCUGCCUUGUAUCCAAUAAAUAACAGCGCAGUCAGACAUUUGGGGCCACUACCGGUCUCCGCGCAUUGGUGGUAGUGGUCCCCUGGGCCCAGCUGCCCUUUCUCUUA